AUGUCCCCCGGCAGCAAGGCGAAGACGGAGUACAUGAAGAGCUACCAGGAGCCGCGCUGGGAGGAGCACGGGCGCUACUACCGCGAGCUGCUGCACUACCGCUGGGGCCGCCGGCUGCUGGAGCAGGCUCACGUGCCCUGGCUCUGGGACGACGGGGGCCCGGCCGGCGCCUCGGACCACUGGGCUUCGUCAGAGUCAUCGGGCGCCGGGGGCCCCGCGCCCCAGUGCGGCCUGGCCUCGCCCACGCCGUCCGAGGAGCCCGCGGCGGGGGAGGAGACGGGGCCGCAGGUGCGCGGGUCCCCGGAGGAGGAGCGCGCGGAAGCCGGGCACGCGAAGGCCGCGGACACGCCUCUGCCAGCACUGCCUGUGAACGAGGUAGAAGAAAAACCUGAACAAAUCAGAAAAGAGACUGAUAAAUUACCCGGCAGUAUCAAAGCUCGACAACGACGAAGUGCCUUAUUUGCCAGAGGAAAUAGGAAAGCUGUCAAAAGUCCCCAAAGAUCAUCAACUAAAGUAAAAGAAGAAAAGCGUCCAUUUGCUCUUUAUGGCUGCGGAGAAAAAAAGAUGGUUAUCGGCAGCCAAAAAACUCACAACGUGUGCGCGUCCGCCCCUGAGCAUGAGAUUCAUGAGUCAGCAUUACGAGCCAAGAACAGAAGACAGGUGGCAAAAAGGAUAUUCGCUGCUCCAAGCUAA